AUGAAGUACAAUAUCCCCACGCUCAUGGCGUUGUACCAGGAUAAGGAAGUUGCUUGUAAAUGGACUGGUCACGUCAAAGAUUGUAAACUACUUCGUCCCGGGCAUCCUCGAAAGUCAACGACCCGAGUGACCCUUCGCAAAAAGCUCGCCUCGAAGACCGCUGCCGGUGCACAUCUUGUUCAAUCAUUGGGACAUACCCCCAAGCUUCAUACUCCUAAGUUUCAUACUCCCAAGCCACAUACUCCCAAGUCGCAUAAUCGAUCGACAACCAACAAAAAGAAAACAACGCCGAAGCCGUUGACGGCAACCGAUGCAGGCUUUGCUCGCUUUCUCAAAGAACACUCUUCUCCAAAACAUCAGCGUGUGACUGCUGGAGGCCGUAUCGUUCCCAUGAUCACCGGAGAAAAUUCGAUUCAAGGGGAGAGGAAUUCCGGAGAAUGGAAGCCGACUCAAGCCGAGCAUACCACAGACUACCAAAGUUCGCCCACGAAGAUAAUGAACGGCAAUUAUCCCCAAGCUGGUGCAGCCGUGGUACACAAUCCAGCCUCGUUCGUACUUGAUCCAAGGCAAAAUGACAGCGUCUUCCAUCAAAUCCCAACCACGACAGCUCAGACCCCGGUUAUUAUCCCAAUGCCCGUUCAAUCAUUUAUGCCCUCUGUCUUUCCUCAACAUUCAAUGAAUGUCUACCCAAGGGCCAACGUGUCUCAACAAAUGGACGAGAACUACUUUCAACCCUUGAAUAUGAAUUCAGAUCUCGAUUUCAACUCCGCCAGCAUCUUCAAGUCGAAGCUGGAACAAAUGCAAAACAUUGUUAAUGGGGUGGAAGAUGUAAAUUUCAUUGACUUCAAGGCCGAUCUUCGCCUCAUACUCGACUUUGUUGGAAGACCGAUCGACUCUUUUCAGGUUGAAUAUCUGAUCUACCUUCAUGAGCAACUGGAAAUGGCCUUGGGUGCUGCGAGUAGGCAUCUUCAAUCGGUGGAUGCCGAGAUUGCAAUGUGCUCGGCAAGCAGCCCAUCACUCGUUGGACUGCGAAUCAAAUGGAAGCGGAUCAGAGCAGAAGUGUUUGACAGACUGGAGGAGAUUAAAUUGGGGUUGGGCGAGGCUCUGGAUCAUUUUAGCGGCAUUCAGAGCAUUACGAGUUCCAUAAUGCAAACCUUGUGCCCAGGGGAUAUCACACUCGAGCCACUGGUGAUAUCUGAUACUCCCUACUAUCAAAGCAUGCCCCAGCUCGAGGAGUUCCAUGCCGAGAAUGGACUACAGGGAUCCAUCAUCAAUCGAGAUUGCGAAACGACGAAGGAUGGCGCUGCCAAUCCCCUCGAUUUUGAGUCUGCUUUCGAUCCCGAGUUGCCUGAGCCUAGUGAGCCUAUCGAGCAUCCUGGGCCUGAACGGGCUGGUCGCUUUGAUGAUAUGGGAUCUGAUAUGUAUGGCGAUGGAGACACUGAUCGAAGCGAUGCAAGCUCGGAGAUUCUGGGUGCUGGGGAUGAACAAAACAGCGAGUUUAGCAGUGACAGCAACGAUCCUGUCCACAGCGCGAGUAAUUCGCCCAUCAUUCUCCAUGAUGCAGCCGGUGAAGAUGACUCCCUCUCCGUUUCCGGAUCGGCCUGCUCGAAGGUUUCACAGCAUGGUAUUGGAAUGGAUGGUGCUACUCAUGAGCCCAAUGCCUCUGGGCGGACCGACGGCGUUGCGGAGAUCCCUUUACCUCGCUAUCUCCAACGAAACCCGCGACAUCGUGAUAGUCACACCCUUCCGCGCAAUUUCCCCCGUCGAUUCAGUAGUAUCAGCCCCCUUGCAGCCGAACGACGCCCAGUUUCACGAUACGUUGCCUUGACUUGGAGGACAAAUAUGGGCUCCGGGUCAGAAUCCGGAUCAGCCUCCAGUAUCAAUUAUGACGAGGGCUUACAGGUUGAAGCUUGCGUGAGCGAUAUGAAGCCAAUCAUUGGCAGAAGAUACGGAUAUUCGGAAGAUGGACCUACUUCUUUGACCAGUCAGACAGGAGGCUUUGAUUUCUCAAGUGAUUAUGGAUUAAAUCAAUGGUAA